AUGGAUGACCACCCCAUAGCCUCUUCAUUCCUUACUGAAAGUUUGGAGCUAGAACUGGAGACGGAAUGGUGUCGACCUCCUUGCUUUUCUUGUGCCUCUGAUGGAAAGAAAAAUUUUUCUCCAGAUUCCUACCUAGCAAGUGGAUCUCUGAAGAGAUUGAUGCUUAGCUUAGAUCCUUUGCCAACCAACUUUGAAGAAGAUAUAGUGGAACUCUUUGGCUUCCAGUGGGUGACUGAAAUUGCUUUAGUGAAUUCUUCUAGAGACCUCUUUUCUUUAUGCAGGCAACAAAUUUACAAGUUGGAAACACUAUUACAGACCUCUGGUGAUUUGGGCCAGGCAUCAGCUUUACACUCUGAAGCAAACAAUAUCAGGCAUCACUGUGUUAUGUUCCUUCAUUAUGUGAAAGUUUUCAUCUUUAGGUAUCUGAGAAUACAUGAGACAGAGAACGAUGUUCCACUUCAUCCAUAUGAGGUUUUGGAGGCCCAGCUUCCCUCAGUAUUGGUCGAAGAACUUCAUGGAUUGAUCCUAUAUACUGGCCGUCUGUCUGAACACCCCAGUGUUACCCCAGGAGCAUUUAUAGUACAAAACCAAAUAAAGCUCUUUCCACCAUCAUGGCAUUUAAUACAUCUUCGUUUGGAUAUCCAUUGGCUAGUGCUAGAAAUUCUUCACAUCCUGGGUGAAAAAGCUUCAAAACAAGUUGUGUAUGGCCAUCAGUUAAUGAACAUGGCUGGUGAGAAUUUGACCAGUGUCAGCCUGUUUAAAGAGCAUUGUGAAAAUCUCCUUUGUGACUUGAUAAGUUUGUCAGUCAGCAGAUAUGCCAAGGUUAGGCCCUCUGAAGCUGUAACAAGUCACCACUGCCCCUGCUUGUGCAUCAAAGAAUUGUGGGUGCUGCUGAUUCAACUACUUGACCAUAGAAGUAAAGGGUGUCACACGGAACCCUUUUGGAGAUGGAUGAAUAAACUACUAAAGGAUCUUUUUAAAAAGCCAAAUGAUACAGAACGGCCUUCCAUUCCUGUUGUCCCCUCCAAGGAUCCAUUGGGUUUUAGUUGGUGGAUUAUUAUUCAUCUAGCAUCAUUUUACCAAUUUGAUCGUAAUGGAGUGCUAGAUGAAAAGAAACAAAUGAAUUCGAAUUGGGAUUUUGUAGAGGAAUUGCUGAAAAAGUCAACAAAUGUUCAGGAUGGCAUAUUAGAAGAACAAGUACGCAUGUAUCUUCACUGUUGCUUGACAUUGUGUGGUUUUUGGAACCCCAACAUUCAGAUUGUUACAAUUCUGUGGGACUACUACAGUAAGAAUCUGAAUAGUUCUUUUACUAUUCCUUGGCUUGGUUUACAAGAAUUUGCAACUAUUUCUAAGUCAACCUUGUCUAUGCUUGAAAUAGUGAAGACCUGUUGUUCUGAUGAACAGAGCCAUGACCUCUAUAAAUCCAACAGUAGUUAUGACAUUUUUCUUUGUGUUCUGGCAAAAGUUAUGAAAAAAGCUAUAGCAACUAAUGAAAUUCAUCCUUGGAACCAAAUCAAAGGAAGAAUAUAUUCCAAAUUCCAUCAAAAAAGAAUGGAGGAGCUAACUGAAGUUGGUCUUCAGAAUUUUUUUAAGCUUUUUCUGGUGUUGGCUGCCGUUGCAAAGUUGGAAGAUGUAGUCAGUCGGGUUCUGGAUCUUUUGGACUUCCUCAGACCUGGGUCUGUCACACCCUCACAGAGGGCACUUGUUUGGAAGGCCCAAAUGGCCUUUCUCUUAAUGUACGUUCAGAGAAACCUGGAUGUUGGUGUUUUGGCCCAGACACUUUCUGGCGCAUUUAGUGAAAAAGCAAAGGAAUUUUUAGUAUCUAAAAAUGAGUUGGGACAGAAACAUACUCUAUGGAUGCUUCUUUCUAUUUACAUGGAUGGUGUUCAAGAAGUGUUUGAAAUGAGUCGGGACUUGAAACUUUCCGAGGAAAUACUGUUGAAUGAUGGAUUCAGCAUGCUUCUUCCUGCUUGUCGAGAAGCUCAGCUUGGGACUGUAUUAAGCUUUCUACAAACUGUUCUGGCCAGAGUCAGGAGUGUGUACCAGCAGUCAUACAAGGAGCUUCCAGGGGAGAAUUCAGGCCUGAGUGUGGCAGCCUCAUCAGUGGCUAAAGAGCACCACCUGGCUGCAAUUGCCCAAGCUCUCUGGAGAAAUUUCUUUCCUUUCCUGAAGAGCCAGAGAAUGUCACAGACGGUGCCUAUCCCUCAGCUUGCAGAUACAGCUGCAGGUUUUACUUGUUUGGCUUUGGACAUGCCCAGAACAGCUCCCUCAGACCUUCAGCCUCAGCCAGUAAUAUCAAUGAUGCAGUUAUUUGGGUGGGAUGAUAUGAUUUGGCCCCAGCUUGUAUCUAGAUAUUUAAGUCAUCUCAUAGAAAACAAGACUCUAUCUGAGACACUUUCCCGUUCAGGCUGUACAUCUUUCCAAGCCCUGACUGUACGUUCAUGGAUCCGCUGUGUCUUGCAAAUGCAUAUGAAAGACCUCUCUGAGCCUAAUGGCAUUUUGGUUGGUAUAGAUGCUGAACAAACUGUUGAAAAAGAGUACAUGGAACAGUUGGCUGAACUGACAAGGUUGCUAUUUCAGCUUCCAGAAGUAAAGAAUAUUCUCUCAAAGGCUCAAGUUGAACAUUUAGCCAUCACACAAGACCCUCCAAAAGCACUUGUCCUAUUCCUUGAGGCUGUUGGCAUAACAUUUAGUAGCUUACAAACACUUUCUGAGAAGUCUGCCAUGGUCACAAAAGCAUUAGAAUACCUUGGAGAGGUAUUAAAAUAUGUUAAGCCUUAUUUGGGAAAAAAAAGUUCCAAUGCAGGCCUACAGCUGACAUACAAGAUAAUGGGGGUCCUUGUAAAGUCAUGGGCGCUGAUUCUUGCCACUUCUAAAGCACAGAAGCUCCUGUUCCGUAUCAUAGACUGCUUGCUUCUGCCACAUGCUGUUCUACAACAAGAGAAAGACCUGCCCACAGCUAUGCUGACUGCUAUUCGGAAGAGCCUUCCUCUCUAUCUUCAGGGCAUGUGUGUUAUCUGUUGUCAUUCUCAAACCCAGAAUGCCUAUCUGAACCAACUACUAGGAAAUAUUGUUGAACAAUAUAUUGGGCGUUUCUUGCCUGCUUCCCCAUCUCUUCAGGUCCUUGGACAACAUCCUGUUCUCUUGGCACUGAACAAAUCAGCCAUCACGCUCAAGACUGCAUCUCUUCAGAAAACUGUUGUGCAAGUUAUAAGGAAAUCCUACAUUCAGUUUAAAGGGACGUCACCACCUCCUCGCUUAGCAUCCAUUCUGGCUUUUAUUCUUGAACUUUUUAAGAAAACCAACAUGGACAUUGAUGAUAUGAAACAGCUCUUACCAAGUAUAUUGAAAUGUUUGCUCUUGGUCAAUGAACCACAGGUUAAAAGGCUAGCCACUGAGAACCUGGACCACAUUGUAAAAGCCUGCCAAGCAGGGUCAGGAGGAGAGCCUGCCACCCAGCUGACUUCUGUGUUUAGGCAGUUUGUCCAAGACUACAGUAUGAUAUAUGAGCAACAAGUUUAUAACAUCUUAGAAAAAGUGGCAGAAUUAGACCAGCAGAUUGUUACCAGUUUGAUUUCCACACUCACUCAGUGCCUGAAGGAUUCUGAACUUAAACAAGGCCUUGGCAGAAAUAUUGCACAAAGGGAAGCCUAUGGUCGACUUUUAUCCCUCCUAGGACAACCAGGUCAAGAGGAGAGACUGAAACUGGAAAAUGAGAACACUUAG